AUGGAAGCCAGGCCCUUAGAAGAGGAACUUGCUGAGGCUAUUGACGAUGGACGUAUUGGUCCAAGAGAUGAUCCUAAGGUUCGUUCUAAGAUCUUGUCUGAGGAGUUCGGUUGGGAUAAGGAGCUCGCAAAGAAAAUUUGGUGCUUUGGUCCUGAGACAACUGGUCCAAACAUGGUAGUUGAUAUGUGUAAGGGUGUCCAGUACCUGAAUGAAAUUAAAGAUUCCAUUGUUGCCGGUUUUCAGUGGGCUUCGAAGGAAAGCCCAUUGGCUGAAGAAAACAUGAGGGGCAUCUGCUUUGAAGUUUGUGACGUGGUUCUUCAUGCUGAUGCUAUUCACAGAGGAGGCGGUCAGGUCAUUCCAACUGCUAGGAGGGUUAUUUAUGCCUCCCAUCUGACUGCCAAGCCCCAUCUUUUGGAACCCGUGUACAUGGUGGAGAUUCAAGCACCAGAACAGGCUCUUGGUGGUAUCUACAGUGUCCUGAACCAGAAACGUGGACACGUGUUUGAGGAAUUGCAGAGGCCAGGUGCUCCACUCUAUAAUAUCAAGGCAUACUUGCCUGUUAUCGAAUCAUUUGGUUUCUCAAGUACCUUGAGAGCUGCAACCUCUGGACAAGCCUUUCCCCAGUGUGUGUUUGAUCAUUGGGACAUGAUGUCAUCUGAUCCAUUGGAAGCAGGGUCGCAGGCUGCACAGCUCAUGACUGAUAUCCGAAAGAGGAAGGGUUUGAAGGAGCAGAUGACACCACUCUCCGAGUAUGAGGACAGGCUGUGA